AUGGUGCAUUUUACUGCUGAGGAGAAGUCUGCUGUCACAAGUCUGUGGGGCAAGGUGAAUGUGGAAGAGGCUGGAGGCGAAGCCUUGGGAAGGCUCCUGGUUGUCUACCCUUGGACCCAGAGGUUUUUUGACACAUUUGGCAACCUGUCCUCUGCCUCUGCCAUCAUGGGCAACCCCAAGGUCAAGGCUCAUGGCAAGAAGGUGUUGACCUCCUUUGGAGAUGCUGUUAAGAACAUGGACAACCUCAAGAAUGCCUUUGCGAAGCUGAGUGAGCUGCAUUGUGACAAGCUGCAUGUGGAUCCUGAGAACUUCCGGCUCCUGGGCAACGUUCUGGUGAUUAUUCUGGCUUCUCAUUUUGGCAAGGAAUUCACCCCUGAUAUGCAGGCUGCUUGGCAGAAACUGGUGUCUGGUGUUGCCAAUGCUCUGUCCCACAAGUACCACUGAGUCCUCUGUCCAGUGUGCAAGUGUCCCUAUGUCUCCAACACCCUUAUUUUUCACAUGGGGACUAAGGCUCAGCCUUGAACUCACAGCUUCUGUUUAAUAAAGCACAUUCUACUCAGUAA